CAUUUGCCAUGUGUUCUGGAAUCCCUCUGGAAAGAGCUGUUCUCACAGCAUAAAGGACUAGAGGAGUUAUAAAUAAGCAAGUGCAACCUUUCUCCUGGGGAAUUGUGAUCCUCUCUAGAAGCUGGGCCAUGGACCUGAACUUGCAGGAGAAGCCAGGAGUCAUCUGUGAUGCUCUGCUGAUAGCACAGAACAGCACCCCCAUUCUCUACACCAUUCUCAGGGAGCAGGAUGCAGAGGGCCAGGACUACUGCACUCACACCGCCUUUACUUUGAAGCAGAACCUGGUGAACGUGGGGGGCUACACCGGGAAGGUGUGUGUCAGGGCCAAGGUCCUCUGCCUGAGUCCUGAGAGCAGCACAGAGGCCUUGGAGGCUGCAGUGUCUCCGAUGCAUUACCCACUGUCCUAUCGCCUUGCAGGCACCCAGCACAUGGAAGCCCUGCUGCAGUCCCUGGUGAUUGUCUUGCUCGGCUUCAGGUCUCUCUUGAGUGACCAGCUCGGCUGUGAGGUUUUAAAUCUGCUCACAGCCCAGCAGUAUGAGAUCUUCUCCAAAAGCCUCCGCAAGAACAGGGAAUUGUUUGUCCACGGUUUACCUGGCUCAGGGAAGACCAUCAUGGCCAUGAAGAUCAUGGAGAAGAUCAGGAAUGUGUUUCACUGUGAGGAACAGAGAAUUCUUUAUGUUUGUGAGAACCAGCCUCUGAGGAACUUCAUCAGGUGA